UAACCCUCGAAUAUUCUGUUCUUUACAGUUAUAUCUCCCUUCCGAUCUGCCCCCCUUCCCUUCUCCUCCUCUCACUUUUCCCCUUCAAACAUUUUCUUGCAUUUUCUAGCGUUUUCCUUCUCUUUCCCAUUAUCACAUUUCUGACCGUAUAGCCCCAACAUUUAGUCGUAAUUAUUAUAGGAUGAAGUUUGGGAAGAGCCUGAGUAAUCAAAUUGAAGAAACUUUGCCGGAAUGGCGAGACAAGUUUUUGUCGUACAAGGAGUUGAAGAAGAAAUUGAAGUCUAUUGAGCCUAAGACUAGCGGCAUCGGAGAGCGGUCGAGCAAGCGCCCGAGAGUGGAGGCUUCCGGCGAUGCGGUCGACGCCGGAGAUAAGGAUAAUAUGUCUAGGGAGGAGAUAGAUUUCAUUUUGCUGUUGGAAGAUGAGCUCGAGAAAUUUAAUACCUUCUUCGUUGAAAAGGAGGAAGAGUAUAUCAUCAGAUUAAAGGAGCUGCAAGACAUGGUGGCAAAAGCUAAGCCUCACAGUGAUGAGAUUCUCAAGAUACGCAAGGAGAUUGUGGACUUCCAUGGGGAGAUGGUUUUGUUGGAAAAUUACAGUGCUCUUAACUAUACUGGACUUGUGAAGAUACUCAAAAAGUAUGACAAGCGAACUGGCGCUCUCAUUCGCUUGCCCUUUAUUCAAAAGGUCCUGCAACAGCCUUUCUUCACCACUGACUUGCUCUACAAGCUUGUGAAGGAGUGCGAGACAAUGCUCGAUGGUCUCUUCCCAACAAUUGGACAGCCACCCUCCGCUGAGGCAACUACCUCCGACUCAGCCACAGCCACAGCUGCUGCAGACGAUGAAGGGUGCUGUCCUACAACUUCUGCCACCGCAAAGGAUGAAGAAUCCCUUAGAUUUCCCAAGGAACUGGCAGAGAUCGAGUACAUGGAGAGCUUAUACAUGAAGAGUACUGUAUCUGCUUUGAAAGUGUUGAAGGAAAUUAGGAGUGGAAGCUCAACAGUGAGCGUUUUCUCGUUGCCACCUCUGCAAGUUGGUGGGUUGGAGGAGGUUGCAUGGAAAGCUGUCCCUGUUCUGGAACAAGCAGCUAAGUAGAAAGUAUUUAAACUUUUCAUGAAGAGAAAGAAAGUAAAGAAUUAGGACAAGUAUAUAUAUAUGUCCUUUUGUAUUUCAUUAUUAUAUAUAUUAAAAAUCUUACUAUAUGCAGUAUGCACUUGCUUGUGCAUUCCUUAGAUAUACUAACACAUAUGGAAAACGCAAAACUUUAGAUGGAGUGAAUCAGUAGAAUCAUAACUUUUGUAUAAUAUAAUAUCUGCUACAAUAGAAUUAAUACUAUUUUAUUUUAUUGUAUUUGUGA